AUGUCCUCCACCUCGACCAAUGUCAGCGUCAGCGUCAACGAGCAUGUCAACAAGAUGAGGAGUGCCAUCACCUCCGCCGCCACUUCCCUCCGCGGGCCUCGCACCCGCUCCACCUCCCUCUCCACCGUCGUCCCGGACGAGCACGACCAAGACUUCCUUCCCGAACUGGCCGCAUGUGCCGCAUCAAUCCUCUAUCUUUCCCCGGAUCCAUCGCCCGAAGGCCGCCCCAUUUACAUCCUCAACGCCGCUGCCUUUCCCGACACCUUCGACGUCGACUACGACAGUCUGCUGGCCUACGUCCUGGCCCGGCUGCCAGGCGAGGAUGAGCUGCUGUCCGGCACCGAGUACGAGAUCGUCUUCUUCGCCGGCGGCACACCAGAAAGCGCCUCUUCCUCCGAUACCAAAAAGCAGACUCCCUCCCCGGGCUGGUUCUUGCAGGCAUAUCAUGUGCUCAGCCGGGCGACGAGGAAGAAGCUGCAAAGACUAUACAUUGUGCAUCCACGAACGUGGGUGAGGGUGUUGAUAAACAUCUUCGGGACGAUAGUCUCGCCUAAAGUGCGCCGCAAGAUCGUCCAUGCCACCACCUUGACCCAACUGGCUUUGCAUCUCCCAAUCGAGAAACUUCUCAUUCCGCCAAGCGUAUACCUACACGACAGAAAACUUGCACCAGAAAUCUACGUCCCAUAUGCUACAGGGAAGCGGGCGUUUGGGGUCAGACAUCCUCUACCAAGAAAUCUCGACACAGGCGCAACAAGACUGCCGCGAGUGCUGCGGGAGGCGACCAGCUUCCUUCUCCUGCCAGCCAACACCAGAACAGAAGGUCUGUUCCGCAUUCCACCACACUCCGUUCUGAUCAACGUGUUGAAGGAAGCAUAUGAUCGUGGGCAGCRAUACAUCGUCUGGAAAGAAAAAGGCGCGACGCUUUGCCAGCCUGGAAUCUCUCCCGAUCUCGUUGACGAAGUCCGAUUGGAAGAUGCCUAUGGCGUCCACUUGGCUGCCUCGCUCGUCAAACUCUGGUACCKCGAGCUUUAUUCUCCCAUCUUUCCCGAGUCGAGCUAUGCUGUGUUGAGAGAAAAGUACAGUGGCGAGAUCACGCCUGAAGAUCUGGUGGAUCUCAUCCUUCCAGCUAGUUCGACCUCGCCCCUCAGCCAGACAAGUAGGGAGAUUCUGACAAGACAUCUGCUGCCACUUCUCAACAUCGUGGCGAGCCGUGCAGCCAGCAACAAAAUGACGUCGGAGAACCUGGCAAUUUUAUUCUCCAUGUGCCUGAUCUGCGGGUCUAAUCAAUUGGAAGAUGGGAGAAUAUCAACCACAGUGAGGAAGAUUCUUCAGUCAGCGAUUGACAUGUGGCCACAACUGAGAGCUGGGAUGGGAAUUGAGAGUCGGGCGUUCGAUAUUGAUCUCCUGCCGCCCACUGACACCAGGGACAGCGAGGACCCUUUGGAAGAAGCACGACCAAGGCCGACAGGGGUAGAAGAAGAACGACACAGAAUAUUCAUGAACGAUUCUGAUGGCAGCACAGCUCGCUCCCGAUCGGCAUCUUCGAAUGAAGAAAAGGCUCCGGCACUGCCUCCGCGACGGUCUAGGGCGGCCUCUAUUAAGGCCGCACUCGGGGUCCCCUCUCUUCCCAAGAGAAAGCUUGCACCGCAUCAUAAUGCCCCAGAACAAGUUAUACCGAGUGGCGGGUCGUCGCAGAAGCGAGAUGAUGUGCCGAACCAUCCCAUCUACGACGCCAGCAUGACUGCGGAACCUCCGCGGUACUCUUCCAUUUUCGACCAUAAUGGCGGACAGCUGGUCGAUGUCGGCGUUGAGGAUAGCCAGACGCCUGCGAACGGAUUCGGACCACCCAGGCGAGCGGACUACAGCUACGAGGGGGACAGCAAGGGCCGGGAGAAGUUGGUAGGACGGCCACUGGAAGGCUUGGCGAAGGCGAAUAGUUUUAGGCGAAAGCCCGUUGAACGUGGAGCUUCUGGCGAGAGUAAGGCGGAGUCCGAGAUCAUUGCCGCUGGAUCUAGCCCCAAGAGCAGUAAGAUUGACGACCAAUCGGGCGGCGUAGAGGACCACAGCAACAACGUCGCUCAAGACGAUCAUCAAGUCCCAGCGCAGCCAUUGCCGUCCCCCUCACAAACCAACGCCAUGCUUGCACGCAUGGCCGCCCAACAAGCCAACACGAACCUCGCACAGCGCAUCACUCUUGACACCCCACCGACGGACUCGAAAUCGCCGGGUACCAUUACUUGCGCGCCUGGCAGGAUUAACAAUCCUUCACAGCCUCCUCAGAGAUCCCUUUCUACCCCUCUUUCCACAGAACCAGAUGCAGCCUUCCGGAAACCUUCAUGGCCGGCUUCUGCGAUUCGUCCAUCGACAAGCAAUGAAUUGCAAGUCCCACCACCUCGCAUACCACGCGUGAGAGCUGCGAGUCCGGGAUUAUUGAAACGAAUGAGCAGUUUGGAAGUCACGUCUUCUUCCUCCUCCAUGGAUUCAGGAGCGCGGAAAGGAGAGAAGCCGGUGAAUCUUAGGCAGACGAGCGUUGAUGACUUGAGGCGAUUGUAUGAAGAACGGGCGGGGACUGUGAGGGAAUUAGUGCGGAGUAGGAGUGGUGGGAGAACCGCUUGA